GUCCCGGCGUUCGCGAUGGGUAAAGGCACCGACAAGCUGUACAUCACCCACUCGGAAUGGUCCAGUGAGGAUGCUUUUGGUGCGAGCGCUGGCGCCAAUGCACGACGCGCCGCAAACGCUGGAGCUGCCGCCAACUUCAAGCGACUGCCCUUCAACUUCUGCGCCGUCUCGUUACAGCCCUUCGAGCACCCCGUCUGCACCGCCGAUGGCACCAUCUUCGACCUCACCAACAUUCUUCCCUGGCUGAAGAAGCAUGGAACCAACCCCGUCAACGGACAGCCUCUCAAAAGCGCCGAGCUGAUCAAGCUGAACUUUGCAAAGAACGAGGAGGGCGAGUAUGUCGAUCCCGUCACCUUCAAGGUCGUCACAGACAAUACACAUCUGGUCGCGAUCAAGUCGACCGGCAACGUCUUCAGCUACGACACUGUGCAGCGGCUGAACAUCAAGGCAAAGAACUGGAGGGAUCUACUCAGUGAUGAGGAAUUCAAGAGAAGCGACAUCAUUACGCUACAGGAUCCCCAGAACCUCGAGUCGCGCAAUUUGAGCGACUUCAAGUAUCUGCAAGAAGGUCAGAGUGCACUCACAGCCGAGCAAGAGGCGGAACGCAGUGCAGGCGUGAAUGAUAAGAACUUGGGAAGCGCAGCGAAGAUUCUCAAGGCUAGAGAAGCUGUCGCAAAGGCCAGAGCCGAGCGAGAUAAGAAGGCCGAGCGAUCCACCGAGUCCCAGGCACUGGCGAAUGCGCGCAAGGCACACGCAGAAGUUGCAAAGUCUUCUUCCAUCCAUAAGCCGGUGCCUUAUAAUGCAGCGAGGUACACGAAUGGCGCGGCUGCUGCCGCCUUUACGAGCACAGGAAUGACUCCACAAACCGAUUCCUCGCGUGCCAUUCUGACCGACGAAGAGUACAUGCUCAAGCCGAAACGAGUGAAGAAUAAAGGUUAUGUGCGGAUGACGACUAAUCUGGGCUCGAUGAAUAUCGAGCUGUAUCCGGAGUUCGCGCCGAAAGCAGUAUGGAACUUCAUUCAACUUUCAAUACGCGGCUACUACAACGGCAUCAACUUUCACAGGAAUAUCCAGCGCUUCAUGAUUCAAGGAGGCGAUCCGACGGGCACAGGGCGAGGAGGUUCCAGUUGCUGGGGCAAGACGUUCUCCGACGAAUUAGAGGGACCGCUGAAGCACGAUGGACGCGGAGUGCUAAGCAUGGCAAACAAGGGAAAAGACACCAACACCAGCCAAUUUUUCAUACUUUAUCGACAAGCGCCCCAUCUCAACCUCAAGCAUACCAUCUUUGGAAGGGUUAUAGAGGGGCUGGAAACGCUUGAUCGAUUGGAGAGUGUUGAGGUUGACGAGGGGAACAGGCCAUCUCAGGAGUGUACCAUACAGGACAUGGCCGUCCUGAUUGAUCCGUUUGAAGACUUUUUGAAGCAGCGCGAUGAGAACGAAGCAGCCGAGGCACGGAAAGAACGGCUGCGAAAGGAAGGCGGCGCAGAAGACGAACGGACUACGUGGACGGGAAAGCGCAUACGGGAUGGCAAAGCCGAUGACGCUGGAGGCGAGACUGGCGUAGGGAAAUAUCUCAAGACAGCCAGUGCGACACGGACGGAGGAGGACGAGGUGGUGGGAGAAUGGGAGGAGCCUGAGAUGCCACCCCCGAAGAAAGUCAAGAAGGGCGGCGGAUUUGGCGACUUCAGCUCGUGGUAGUGAUGUAGUUUUCUGGGCGUUACUUGAGGCAGUUCAUGCUGCCAUAACAAAAAGUGCCAAAGCCACAAGCUCAAAGGGGACUCGCUCGCUUUUAUGAAAAAUCCGCUCAAUUGAGUUCUAUCUCCAGCAUAUACUCCAUGUAGCACUUCGGUUUGGGGGGUAUCUUUUCUCCAGUAGUCUCUGUCCGUGCGCCAUCAUAUGCUUUCUCUCUUUCCCCUUCUCUCUUUCUCUCUGUCAUCUUCUCCUUCUACCUCCUCCUCCUCCUGAAUCACUCGCUCACUCACUCAACCUUCAAAGCACUCCUCGUAUUUCUUGCUGUGCCUGCUAUCGGCAUGUUGCUCCAGAGCCGGUCUCUUCGCGGUGCUCUGAAAGUCCUGAAAGCAGACUUUGCACUUGAUCGUCUUGGCUGCGGCGUUCUGUAUUGGUACCAUUAUACCAUCCAGUCAGUCAGUCAGUGCCUUCGCCCAUGUAUUUCGUCGAGGGAUUGUCUUCUUCUUCUUCUUCUUUUCUCUUGAUUACGUACGGCUUUUAGUUGCGAGCCUUUGGUCGAGGUGUCCUUUGCGUUGCGCUCACGCUUUUGCUGUGCUUUCGCUCCGUUGCCCAUUUUGAGAGAGAUUUGUGUGUGGGUGAGUGCGUAGGGAUGGUGUGAGGGUGACUGGUUGCGUCUUGGGAGCAAGUGAGAUUGGCUGCG